AUGAACAAGCUCAUCUCAGUUUUGACUCUCGCCUCGGUCGCGUUGGCUCUUCCUCUUACAUCCUAUGAUGAUUGUGAGAAGGCUUACAACGCUUGUAUCGCGGCUGGAACACCAGAAGUAGUAUGCUCUUGCACGCUGACAGCUUGUGUUGGCGAAGAUAGUGCACGGAUUCAUGAAUACUGUUCUUCUGCCACGGCAUCUCUCGCACAGCCUACCAAAACAGAGAUUGCAUCUGCCAGCAAGAACGAUACAGUUCCCAUCGAGACCUUCACUCCAAUCCCUGGUAUCCCAGGAGGCUGCAAUCCUGCUCACCCUGGAUCAUGCCCGCCACCUUAUCAUACGGGACUUCCACCAACCUUCACCCCAAUCCCUAUUGUCCCUGGGGGUUGUAGCCCAGCUCACCCAGAGCUUUGCGUUUCAGCUCAUAUCACCCACACUACGACUUCGACCGCAACUCACCCCUCCUUUCCCGUCCCGACCAACGGUACCCAACCAGCGCCUGGUAUUUACCCUGUCCCCAUGCCUGUUAUCGGCAAAACUUGGGCCAUCCAGAAUCUCACCCGUUAUUGCGGUGAAGAUGACGAUGGAUGUGAUUAUAACUUCGCGGUUGAGGCUGAUGGCAAGACUGAGAGGUGUACCGUCAUUCGUAUGCCUGGCUCUAAUGCUGCUACAGAAAGUUGGACCAACGAACCUUGCACUGAUGGAUCUAGCUUGAGCAUCUCUUGGGGUUAUGUUACCGAGCCUGCUCCUGCUUUUGCUGUCAUGACAGUCGUGAGAGGUACAGAGCUCGCUUGGUUCGGCGUGAACGAUGUGAACGGACAACAGGCCACACCAUCGAACCCCUACGGAUCCGGGGACUAUGGCGCCCUGGGGCCGGAACAGGUUUACACCUACUAG